AUGUCUGAUGAUAAAGUUGAAAAUGGAGCAUACAUCAAUAACCCUGAAUUUCCAUUUAAAAAUUUGAAUAUAGAAAAAAUUGAAAAAAUAAGAAAAAGUACAAGUUUAAAUAAUAAAGUUGAUAGUCAAAGAGACAAAUCCAAUGAAGAUUCAGAAAAAAAAGAAAAUAGUUUUAAACAAAGAAAUAUACAAAAAUUCCAAAGUUUAUUAAACAAAAAAAUAAGUAAAUCUAAGAAUUUUAUUGAAAAAAACAUUGAAAAAAUUUCAUCAUUUAGUAAAAAAAAUGAUAUGUUUAUAAAAUCAAAAAAACCUUGCAAUAGGAAACAUAUUAUCGGCUAUGAUUUACAUAAGGAUGACAAAAAAGAUUUGAAAGAUAAAACAUUGAUUGAAAAAAAAUCCUUAAAAAAUAGAAAUAUAGCAAACGAUAUAAAAAAUAAAAACUUAAUUUUUGUGAAAAACAAAAACACAGUAAUUGAUACAAAAAAUAAAAAUGCAGAAAAUGAUAUAAAAAAAAAUUUUUUAUACAAAAAAGAUGACAAUAUUGAAGAUAAUAAAAAAAAAGUGAAAAAGUAUUCUUAUCUGAAUUUUGAAAGAUCUAAAAGCUUAAAAAUAAAAAAUCAAGAUAUAAAAAAUACUACUAAUAAUAUGAAUUCAAUUCUUAAAAAGCACAAAUCUUUUUUAAAUGAAGAUAUGUUUAAUAAAAAUUAUAAAAAUAAAAUAAAUUCUUAUGAAAUUAAUAAGAAAUACCUAGAAUACAAUAAAAAUGUUACUUAUUUAAAAAAAUAUAACAAAAGUGUUCAGGAAAAAAAAAAUGAAUUGAAUAAUAUGUUAUGUAAUAAAAAUGAAAUAGCAAAUAAAAAUAAUUUAGAAGCGUUUGAAAAUAAGUUAAAAAAAAAUUUAUUCAAUAAUAAUAAACUUAUAAAUGAAUCUAAUAUAAGUAAUUACAAACCUGAAAAUACUAUUGAAGAAGAGAAAUUCAAAGAAAGUUCAAAUUUAAUAACUUCAUAUAAUGAAAAAAAUAAAGUAAAAAAAAAAUCAUUUAAUGAAAUAGAAAAUGAAUUUAAAGAAUUAGACAUAUUAGAAAAUAAAAAUCAAAAAGAAUUGUAUGAUGAACAAAGAUAUAACAAAAAUGUUAAUUCUUUAAGUUGUGAUUCAGUGAGUAAUAAAUACGGAAAUAAAUACAUAAAAGAAAAUGAAGAUAGUUGUAUUAAAUAUAAGAAAGAUUCUUAUGACAAUUAUUAUAAUAAAAGCGAAGUAUAUAAAACAGAAAAAAAAGACAGAUUAUAUAAUAAUAAUAUUUUUAAUUCUUCGUCAUUAACUAGUAAUAGUGAUAUAUAUGUAGAUAAAAAGGAAGUCUUGGACAAAUCAAUAAGUUUAAAUGACAAUUUAUCUAUUGAUACAAUGAAUAAUUAUAAUUUAACGAAUAAUAAAGAAUGUAAAAUAAUAAACGAGAAAAUAAGACAUGAUAAUAGAAUGAGUAAUGAUAAUAAAAGUUUUAGUUAUGAUAUUGAAGAAUUUAAUAACAAAACAGACCAAAUAAUAACUUCCGAUAAUAAACAUUUGGAAAAUUUUCAUAAAAAAGUAGAUGAAAAAAGAUUUCCAGAUCAAAUAUAUUUAAAAAAAUUUAGCGAGAAUAUAAACAAAAUUAGAUCUUUUGAUCAAUUACUUUCAGAAAAAUUUUCAGACAUAACAGAUAAAAUUGAUUCUUCUAAUCAUAUACUUUUGAAUAGUUUUCAGAGAAAUAGUAAUAAUUAUAUUACAGAAAAAGUUAGAGAUAAAUCUCUAAUAUCAAGUCAUAGUAAUGCCGUAAGUGAUGAUUUUGAUUUGAAAGAAAGAUCUAUAUCGAAUAAUUAUUCAACAGAAUUUGAAAAUAAAAUUGCUAGUCCCAAAAAUGUUGAGGAAUCUAAAAAGGAUUCAUCAAUUAAAAAUAUGAAUGAAACAUAUAAAUUAUUUGAAGAUAAUUUUAGUUUAAAACAAAAUUAUUUUAAGAGUAAUAUAAAAGAAAGUAAAAAUGAAUUUGAUGAAUUUGAAAGUAAAUACAUAGAAAAAAAACAUAGUGAUGAAAUGAAUGAACAUAUAAAUCAUAUAGAAAUGUUAAAUAAAGAAAAUGAAAGGAAUAAAAGUGACAUAAAUAAUGAAGAAGUUUAUAAUUUAUCAAAAUUAAAUAAUAAUUGCAAUGAAAAUAUUAAAACAGUUGGUUCUACCUAUUUAGAAAAUUAUCAAAAUACAUUCAACUCUUCAAAAAUAAAUUAUAAUAUGAAGAAAUAUAAUCGUUUUAAAAAUGAAAAUGAAGAAACAAAUUUUCUAAAUGAAAAAAUGUUCAAUAAAGAAUAUAUAAAUUCUAAGUGUUAUGAAGAUCCUCAUACAAGAAAUUCAGAAAAUAUUGAAGAUAUUGACAAAAUUCAUGUUUCUAAAAAUAAUUAUAUACAAGAGACAAACAAAGAAAGAUACGAAGAACAAAAAGAGAAUGAAGGUGAAAAAAAAGAAAGAAAUGAUAAAAACAGAAGUGAAGAAAUAGAAGAAAAGGAAAAGGAUGAAAGGGAAAAGAAAGAAGUUAAAAAAAGAACAGGAGAAAUAGAAGAAAAGGGUAAAGAAUUAAGAUAUGAUGAAAAUUUCCAGAGUGAGGAUCAAAAAGAGAAAAAAUAUGAUGAAGAUACAGAAGAUUAUAAUAGAAGAAAAAAACAGGAUUAUGAAGAAAAAGAAUAUAUUGUAGAAUUUAAUGACAAAUAUUUUGAUAGAAGCAAGAAAAGUAACAUAUCAAACAAGAAAAGCUCUUAUCGUUCUAUUGAAAAUUCACAGAAAGAAAAUAGUCUUUCAUUAGAAUUAAAAGAAGAUUUCGAGAGAAAAAAUAAGAGUAAAGUUUUAGAUGAGUUCAAACAUUUAAGUAAUAGUUCAUAUUCAUAUCAGAAUGAUAAAAGCAAAAAUGAAUAUAAUUCAGAAAAUAAUGAAAUGAAAUUGAAUAAUCUCGAAGAAGACAAGAACAAAAUUUUAUAUAGCUCAAACGAUACAUAUAAUACCGAAAUAGUAAAAAUAUAUAGCAAGCAAUUAUCUAAAGAAAAUAGUAAUAAAAAACAAAACAAAAUUAUAAACAAAAAAAUGAUAUUGAAAGAAAUCUUUGGUUCAAAUUAUGAAUCUAGUUUAAAAAACAAUCUAAAUGAAUCUAGUAAUAAAUUAGAGGAUGAAAAUGAGGAAGAAGAAAGAAAAGAAGUAGAAGUAGAAGUAGAAGAAGAAGAAGAAGAAGAAGAAGAAGAAGAAAGAGAAGAAGUAGAAGAAGAAGAAGAAGAAGAAAGAAAAGAAGUAGAAGUAGAAGAAGAAGAAGAAGAAGAAGAAAAAGAAAGAAAAGAAGUAGAAGAAGAAGAAGAAGAAGAAGAAAAAGAAGAAGAAGAAGAAGAAGAAGAAAAAGAAGAAGAAAGAGAAAAAGUAGAAGAAGAAGAAGAAAGAGAAAAUGUAGAAGAAGAAGAAGAAAGAGAAGAAGUAGAAAAAGAAGAAGAAAGAGAAGAAGUAGAAGAAGAAGAAGUAGAAGGAGAAGAGGUAGAAGGAGGAAGAGAAAAAAUUUAUAUACACAAAAAAGUAGAGGAAAACUACAACAAACUAGGAGAUGAAAAACCAAAGAGAAAACAAGAGGAAAAUACAGAAUCGGAAGAGGAAAAUGAAGAAUAUAAAUAUGAAAAAAAAAAAGAAGAAAUAGGAAGUUCACAAAAUAUAGAGAAUAAUGAAAACAAAUAUAAUCUUUUUAUAAAUGAUAAAUCUUUUUCAAAAGAAAUUAGUGAGUGUUCAAAGUCUUCAUUUAAUAAAACAAAAGAUAUAGACAAAAAUAUGUAUGUUAGUGAAUUAGAAAAUGAUGAGGAUUCUUUAAUUAAAAGAUAUGAAGAAAACUCAUCUCCUUUGAUAUUAUCUAAACCUUUUUUUAAUAAUGGAAAUAGUGAAAGCAGUUUUAGUAGAAGUGUUAUAAAAGGAGGGAAAAAUGAAUUUUUAAAUUUAAAAAAUAAUAAUUUUUUAGAUAAAACGGAAAUAAAAGAUUUAAAAAAUAUAUCAAAAGAUAUAGAAACAAAAAAUGUUGGUGACUAUUUAUGUGAAUACCAAGAUGAUGAAUAUAUAUCUAAAAAAUAUUCUAUUUUAUCAUUAAAAAAAAAUGAAAGUAGAUAUAAAAAUAAUAGAGAAAACAUUAUUGAAGUAAAAGAAAAUAAGGAAGAAGUCAGUGAAGAAGAAAUUAGUGAAGAAAAAGUUAUUAAAAAAAUUAAUGAAGAAGAAGUUAAUGAAGAAAAUUUUAUUGGAAAAGUUAAUGAAGAAGAAAUUAACGAAGAAGUAGUUAAUAUGGGUGUAAAAGAGCAAGAGGAACAAAAGGAAGAAAAUUUAAAAAAAAAAAAAAUUAUGUAUGAAAAUGAAUCCCAGAAAUAUGAUCAUAAUUUUGUAAAUGAAUAUAAACCUGAAUAUUUAGUAAUAAACAAAGAAAAUGAAAAUAUAAAGAGUAAAAAAAAAGAAGGAAUUAAGAAAUACAAUAAAAUGGAAGCAGAGAAAAAUUCAAAAUUUUAUACAUAUGAAAAACCUACUGAUAAAAAAGAAAAAAAAAGUUCUUGCGCAGACAUUAAUUCCAACCAAUUAGAAAUAUGUGAGGAAGAAAGAAAAAAUAUAAAUAAUUUAAAUGAUGAUAAUAAUGAAAUGAAUAACAAAAAAAAAUAUAUUAUAUCAAAAUAUAUGGAUAAAAAAUUCCUAAUAUAUAAAGACAAAUUAUUUCAUGAAAAAAAUGGUGAAGUAAAUGAUAAAAGGAUGUUAUAUUUAAAUCAUGAAUCAUUACAUAACUAUGAUGACAAAUUUAAUAAUAAUAAAGAAAAUGGAUACCUAUAUGAAUCGAUAGAUGAAAAUUAUAAUUGCUUAAUUAAAGAAAAAAGUGCAAAAAAUAAUAAUUAUAUAGAUUUAUAUGAAAAUGUAAAAAAUCAUAUUAUGUUAAAUAAUAAUAAAGAUAUAAAAAAUAAUGUAGAGAAUAGGAAAGAAGAUAACUAUUACUUUGAUUAUAUAAAAUAUAAUUGUAAAUAUUACGAUGAUAAAUAUAACGAAGAGAAGAUAGAUGAAAAUGAAUAUAAAUCAAAUAAAAGAAAGAGAAAAAAUAUAUUUGAACAAAGUAGUGUGAUAGAAAAUAAAAAUUAUAACAAAUUUGAUAUGCAUCAUAAAAAAAAUGAGUAUUUUGAGGGAAUAAAUAAAAAAACUAAAAAAAUAGAAAAUAUGAAUAAUAGUAAUAUAUCUUAUGAUUAUAGUGAGAGCUCUAAAGCAUUAUUAUUUCACAGUAUUAAUGAAACAACUAAUAGUAGUAACACAGUAGUAUCAAAAAGAAGUAAAUAUAUUUUAAAGCAAUCUAAUUUUUCAUCUAAUUAUGAUGAUAUUCCAAUGUUUUUUAACUUUGUUAAUUGCUCUUCUAUAGUUUUAGGUUCUGAAAUAAUAUAUGUAACUGAUGAAACAUAUGGAAAAUGCGAAAAUAUUUUAAAAGAUAAACCAUUUAACACAAAUUUAGAAAAAGGAUAUUAUGAAGAUAUUUCUAAUGAUUUAUAUAGCGUAUUAAAUAAUAAUUUAAGUGCAAUUGUAAAUAACGGUAAAUAUAAUGAAAUAAAUAGAAAGGAAGAUAAUGAGAGCAUUUUAGGUGAUCCUUUUUUAAACUUUAAUGAGAAUAAUUUCGGAAGUUUUAAUAACAAAUUGACUCCUUUAAAUUAUGAAUGCCCUGGAUGGUUAACUAAAAGAAGAAUCAAGAAGUAUUUUGAUUUUUGUGUAAUAAAAUUGUGCAAACCUACAUUAAUAAAAGGAAUAGAUAUUGAUACUAAUAACUUCUUAGGUAACUAUGCUCCUUAUGUUUCUAUUGAAGGUGCGUACAUUGAGGAUGACAUUUUAAUGGAUUCCUGUUCUUUUUCCAAAUACGUAAAUAAAAUUAAAUAUGAAUAUAAAAAAAGAAAUGAUUUAGUGUUUGGAAAUGAUUUUUUUCAUAAGAAAAAUGAUGAAAAUGAUAAAAAAUUAAAUCAAAAUGUGCAUGAAAUGAAUGAUAACUUUAGUGAUAAAAUAAGGAAUAACCUACUUAGCAACAAAGAAGAAGUAGAAAUAAGAAUAGAUGGAAAAAUCUAUUUUAAAAGAAAUAAAUAUUUUUAUGAGCCUAUAUUAGUUAAUAUUGCUGAUAAAAUGGAUCAAGAAUAUGAAAAAUAUAUAGAAAUUUUAAGACAUAAUGAUGAAUUCAAAAAUAUACAAAGUAAUCCCAAAUCUAAUUCAUUUGUCACAAACGGAAAUGAAUAUCGAUACAUAGAUAAUAAGUUAUAUACAUUAGUAGAUGUAACAAGAGAAAUAGUAAAUAAGUAUCCGGAUAUUCACAUUAAUAUUUUAAAAAACCCUUUUUUUUAUUUAGAUAAAAAUAAAAUAAAAGAUAUAAAAAAUUAUAAAAAUGACUGCAAAAUUAAUGGAAACAAUAAUGAUUAUAUAAAUAAAAUAAAAAGUAAUGAUAAUAAGAAUAAUGAAAAAAAAGAAAAAGUAGAAAGCAUUGAAGAUGAUGAUUUUUCUUUUAUAAAUAAUUCUUAUAAUUCCAAUGCAUUAUUUUUAGAUAAUGAUUAUUCAAUUGAAAAAAAAAUUUAUAAUGAUUUACAUAAAAAAUAUCAAUGGAUAUCCAUAUUAGAAGAUGAAAGAAUGAAUCCAGGAUACAAAAAUUAUAAUCACAAUUGUUUUAACAUAAAUACAUGUAAUAAAAUAUUUACUCAUUUGAUUGUGUGUUUACUACCAGAUGGAGGAAUAAAUAAAUUAAGAGUAUAUGGGGAGAUAAAAAUAAGUGAUAAAGAAAGAAAAAAAAAUUUCAAAAAGACUAUUAAUGUAUGCAAUAUAUUAGAUGGAUCAAAUAUUGUAUAUACUACUGAUGAAUUUUACGGAAAGUCAGAAAAUAUAUUAAUUGAUCAAAAUUCUAAUUAUGUUAUGGGAUGGCAAACAAGAAGAUUAAUUAAUAGGCCUUUGCGUUAUAUCGAAAAUUUAACAUUAAAUAAUAUAUCAUCUAUAUUUUCUAAUAAUAAUUAUUGUAUAAUUAAAUUGAGUUUUAUUACUAAUAUAAAAUAUAUAGAAAUAAAUACAAUAUUUUAUGAAUAUAAUUUUCCUUUAUGUGUGUCUAUAGAUUCAUGUUAUUUAAAAGAAGUACAUUCUGAAGAGAAAUCAAAGCAAAUCAAGUUUUUUAAUGAGAAUAUUCAAAAUAUCCAGUGGAAGGAGUUAUUACCGUUAUCAUAUAUUAAAGGAAAUCAUAUAAAUUUUUUUACGAUUAAUAAAACAAUAAAUAAAAUUCCUUCAAAUGAUAUCAUAUCAUCACAUCUACGUUUAAAUAUAUAUCCUGACGGGGGUAUAAAUACUAUUAAGGCAUAUGGAACAGUUCUUGAAAUUUAG